GCCAUCAGUUACACAGGCUCUGGGUGUAGUAGGUGUUGGUGUAAGUAGUGGAAGUGUGAAAGUUGGCAGUGGAACACAAGCCUCAAGUCAGUCAUCAACUCUGUGUACUGCAUCAACUGGUGUUCCUCCAUCACCAAGUGCCACAGUCUUGCAACUUCUUCUCAGCUCCAUAGUGAAGAAAUUGGUGAAGGUAUCAAGGGAGAUUAAAGCUUCAUCCAGGCUGGCAUGGACACUAGAAUCCCCCUUGAAGCAACGACACAUCGGAAUGUUCUUCCUCUUUGCCCAAGUGAAUGAAGCAAUUCUGAUGGACAUUUUCUCCCUGCAACGCCUGAUGUACUCCACAAGAGGCUCGUCAGAGUCCAUUGAAGUAUUAGCGACAGGCAUGGUCAGGCUCCUUUUCCUUCCAGUCUAUGUCAUCACCAUUGAAACCAACAGAAACAUUGACAUCUGUGAAUAUGAAAGAAAUACCAUCUUGCAGGUGUGGACAGCAUUGUAA